AUGAACUCGUCGGCACCAUCUUCCACGAGCGAAAACAAAAUUAGUGAGGUUAUGGCGCGGGCUCCUCCUCCAGUCCAUUCAUCGAUAUUUGUCGCCGUCACCCUAGCUAUUCUUUUAAACUCCUUGCCAGCAUGGAAAGAUUUCGACGAAGCAGCAACCGUUGGAGCAUUCACCAAUGUUUUGUUUCCCGAAUACAUCUCAGUGCUGUCGUUGGCGUGGAUAAGAUUGGGCAUCGCGAUCCUUAUAUUUGCCACAUCACUAGCAACCAUCUUCGGGGAUGGUUGGAUUCAAGAAACGCCGUACCAACCUUCAUCCCGUCUCAAAGCUACACAAUUUCCCAUGAAAGGAUGGAAGACGAUGCUUCCAUUUACAAGCGUUUCUUGGAAUCUAGUCGGCCUGUGCUUUCUUAUCAACGCCGUAAUUGCCUUUCAAGUCGAUGCCAUACAACGUCAGUCCAAAAUUCUACUUAUGUUUGCCCCGGAUCAAUGGAUUCUGCGAGUUGCUCUGUUACUUUGGGAAGCCUCAGCACCAUACACUAUUCUCGUCACCUCUGUUGUGCGGUACGUAAUAUGGCCCGCUGAAAUACGCUUUGACAACGAUACAAGCGUCUUGAAGCAAACGCGUUUACUCCUUAUGCACAACGCCAACGUUCUGGUAGUGCUGAUUGAAUCAGCUUUACUUAGUGGACUACCUGUUCAAUGGGAGCAUGUAGGAGUGGCGCCAGUGAUAGGACUAGCAUAUGUUGUCUUCAGUUGGAGCAUAGCGCGACAUUGGACUGCAAAGGAGCACGGCCCACAAUUUCUUUACCACUUCCUUGAUACCACCUUGCCGGGCUACGAGUCCACUAUGGCUUUGGCCGCGCUACUAUUGGUCCUCAUUGUAUCAUUUGCAGUGUUUUGCGCAUCUGAGGAGCUCCUCCAAAUAGCCGGAAGCAGUAUUUAUGCGCAUUGCGGGUUUGUGAUUGUGACGUCGAGUCUUGUAAUGCGUUUUCGCGACUAA